GUGGCUGGUUGCCUAGGAAACGCAAACACACCUUAACUUUAAAGAAAAUGUCUGUGUCUUAUGCUGCUGCAAAGAUACGUAUCCCGGCUGGAUUUGAGCACAUAUUGGAGGGACUGGUAAGAGAAGUGUUAAGAGAACAGCCAGAAGAUGUCAUAGCCUUUUCUGCUGAAUAUUUCAACAAAAAGAUUCUGCUAAGGAAAGGAGGAUAUGCAGAAGAAUCAAAAAGUGCUGGACAACAAAUUGAAGAAGCAAAGAAUGUGCAUGUGAAAGAGGAGCCUGCAGUAGAAGUGGAAGAAAAGCACGAUCCUACUGCAGAACUAGAGGAGGAGAAAAAAAAUGAUGAAAGUGUCCCUCCACAAGAAGGGGAUGAGACACAAGCAACAAAAGAUGAGCAAGAAGAAGAAGGGGAAAAGGAGGUCGAACAAGAAACAGCACCUCAUGAAAGUUCAGAAGCAUCACAAGAACCAGCAGUGAUAACACAGGAGGGUGAUGCAUCUCACGAACCCUCUCAAAAUGAAGGAGAGUCUAAUCAAGAGGAACCACAAAUGGAUAUAGAACCACAGACAACUGAAGAGUCUCAAGCAACUGAAGAUCAAAAACCAUCAGAAGAACCUCAGUCAUCAGAAGAACCUCAGCCAUCAGAAGAACCUCAAGAACCCCAGCCAUCCGAAGAACCCCAGCCAUCCGAAGAACCCCAGCCAUCCGAAGAACCCCAGCCAUCCGAAGAACCACAGCCAUCCGAAGAACCACAGCCAUCUGAAGAACCUCAAGCAACUGAAGAACCUGAAGUACCUCAGCCGUCUGAAGAACCUCAAGCAACUGAGGAACCGCAGCCAUCUGAGGAACCUCAAGCAACCGAAGAACCCCAAGCAACUGAAGAGUCUCAGCCAUCUGAAGAGCCUCAAGCAACCAAAGAGCCCCAAGCAACUGAAGACUCACAGCAGUCUGAAGAACCUCAAGCAACUGAAGCAUCAGAAGAGCCGCCACCAGAAACUGAAGAACCUCAAGCAACUGAAGAACCUCAAGCGACUGAAGAACCUCAAGCGACUGAAGAACCUCAAGCGACUGAAGAACCUCAAGCGACUGAAGAACCUCAAGCGACUGAAGAACCUCAAGCAACUGAAGAACCUCAAGCAACUGAAGAACCUCAAGCGACUGAAGAACCUCAGCCAACUGAAGAAACCCAGCCGUCUGAAGAACAAAAGCAAGAAACCACAGCUGAGGAACCUAGCGGUGCAUCUGAGGACUCUAAACCAGAAGAAUCAUAAUCAGUUUGCAUGAACAUUAUUAAUGUGAAUUCAUUUUGAAUAAUUAUAGUUACUUUUUAGUACACACCUUCCUUGCAUCCUCAAAA